AAGCUUAAGAAUUUUAAAUUGAGAUUUGAAAAAGUGUGUGUGUGUAUGAUAUGAUUUAGAUUUGUGUGUGUGGGUAUCGCGAAAAAGAGGAAAGUAUAGUAUAGACAGAGAGAGAGUAUAGUGGUUGCUAGGGUUUGUUGUCCUCUUUCUUUGUUUUUCAAUUUCACAAAAUUAGAUUCCGAUCGAUUCUGUUUGAUUGAUUGCCUGCCGAGAGAGUAGUGAGUGAGUGAGUCAUGAAGCUCACUGUGAAAACUCUGAAAGGCAGCCAUUUCGAAAUCAGGGUUCAGCCUUCUGAUUCUAUAAUGGCAGUAAAAAAGAAUAUUGAAGAUGUACAAGGCAAAGAUAAUUACCCUUGCGGACAGCAAUUGCUGAUUCACAAUGGUAAGGUUUUGAAAGAUGAAACUACAUUAUCAGAUAAUAAAGUCUCCCAAGAUGGCUUUCUUGUUGUCAUGCUUAGUAAGAGUAAAUCCUUGGGAUCUGCUGGAACUUCAUCUACUCUUCAGACCCCUACCAAUCCACCUACAACUCUACCAACACCAGAUUCAACACCUCUAGUACAAACGCAAUCUGCAAACAACAAUGCAUCUGCACCACUUGUCUCAACUACAACAAAUCUUACUACAGAGACUUAUGGACAGGCUGCUUCAAAUUUAGUUGCUGCUAGUAAUCUUGACCACACUAUUCAACAAAUUAUGGACAUGGGUGGCGGCACCUGGGAUAGAGAUACCGUUAAUCGUGCUCUGCAUGCAGCUUUCAAUAAUCCAGAGCGUGCUGUCGAUUACUUGUAUUCUGGAAUUCCUGAAGCAGCAGAAGUUGCUGUACCGGCUGCUCAAUACCCAAGUAAUCAAACUGAAACAGCUGGGGUCACUUCCGGAGUUGUUCCGGGGGUCCCUAACUCAGCUCCCUUGAAUAUGUUUCCACAGGAGACAGCUUCUGGCACUGGUGCUGGCGCUGGAUCGCUUGAUUUCCUGAGGAACAAUCCCCAGUUUCAAGCAUUGCGGACAAUGGUGCAAUCCAAUCCAGAAAUUCUCCAGCCUGUACUUCAAGAGCUCGGAAAGCAAAAUCCCGGUCUCUUGAGACUAAUUGAUGAGAAUCAUUCUGAGUUUCUUCAGUUGAUAAAUGAGCCCAUGGAUGGUUCUGAUGGGGAUAAUUUUGACCAGCCUGAGCAAGACUUGCCUCAUGCCAUCAAUGUGACGCCAGCUGAGCAGGAAGCAAUUGGAAGGCUAGAGGCUAUGGGAUUCGAUAGAGCCUCUGUGAUAGAGGCAUUUUUGGCAUGUGACCGUGAUGAGCAAUUGGCAGCCAACUACUUACUGGAAAAUGCUGGGGAUUUCGAGGAUUAAAUCACUAACCUACAAUCAUUCAUAGUUUUGUUCAUGCCGGCCUCUUUUUUUCUUUUGCAAGGAGGGUGGGUGGGUUUGCAAUUUUUCUUCUUACGGUGUCUUUCUAGAGAAAUUUAUGUGGUUGAGUUUCUGAUUUGUGUUGAUGUAUUCUACUAUAUAUUACUAGGUUUGGUUUAUAUAACAGCGUCAUUUUUUUUUUUGUGGUCAAGUUAGCGUCUUUUUUUAUUUUAAAUCUUUCCUGAUUUGUAGGCUCGGUUCUUCUUACUAGAGGGAAACAAAAUAUCUCAUUAAUGUGAAUUAUAUUUCUUUUCUUCUCCCCAA